AGAGAGACAGUUUUAGAGAGAGAAAAGCUUGGAAAGGUAAAACCGAUCUUCUUCUUCUCUCUCCCUUGUCUCUUUCAGAAAGAGAUGAACAAUUCUAUCUCUCUCUGAGAAUCCAUGGAGAAACAAGCUUACACGCAGAGAUUGAGUGAAACCCAAGCCAUGGGAAUGGAUUUCAGAAGCUUUUGAAAGCAUACAGAGAUCAUUGUUGCUUCAUUUGAUUCUCUUGUUCACUUUUUCUCUCUCUCUCUCUCUCUCUCUCUCUCUUGGUCUUUUUCAGCCGUUUCCGCCAUGAACGGCAAAACCCAAGCUCUGUUACUGAAGAUCCUCUUCCUUCUCUUCGCCUUCAACACCCUAACUCUCUGCAUUUACUUCACUGCCCAUUACAAAACAUCCUCGUCUAGUUCCUCUCACCGGAAACCCACAUCGGAAAACCGCUUCCCCUUCCCGGAAAACCGACGUUCUUCCAAGCCCUGGCCCAUUUUGCCCUCUUAUCUUCCUUGGUCUCACUCAUCCACUGUCCCUCUGCGUUCCUGUGAGGCUUAUUUCGGCAAUGGCUUCAACCGCCGUGUAGAUCUUUUAAAACCUAAUCUCGCCGGAAAACUCGCCGGAUGGUUCCGAUGCUGGUAUAGCGAGACGCUCGCGAGUUCAAUAUGUGAGGGAGCGAGAGUCCGAAUGUGGCCGGAGAGGAUUUCCAUGUCCCGAGGAGGCGAGAGGAUUGAAGAAGUGAUCGGAAGGAAGGAAGAGACGGAGUUGCCCAAAUUUCGGGACGGCGCUUUUGAACUAGACGGCGGCGAUACCGUCGCGGGCAAGGAAAGGGUUCUAGCGGAUGAGAAAUUUCUUAAUGGAUUCGUUCCGGCAGGGGAGAUUCAGAGCCACACCAUGCGCGCAUUGUUUGGAUCAUUCCGAGUUGUUUCUGGGAAUGAUUUCGAUUGCCAAGAGUGGAUUGAGGAGCCUGUGCUUCUGGUGACGAGGUUUGAGUAUGCAAAUCUUUUUCACACUAUUACGGAUUGGUAUAGUGCUUAUGUGAGUUCGAGAGUCGUCGGAUUGCCUAAUCGACCUCAUCUCGUCUUCGUCGACGGGCAUUGUAAGACACCUUUGGAAGAGACAUGGAAGGCAUUGUUUUCAAGUCUUAAAUACGCGAAAAAUUUCAGCGCACCCGUUUGUUUUCGCCACGUGAUCUUCUCGCCUCUCGGGUACGAAACCGCGCUAUUCAAGGGUCUGACAGAGGGGAUCAAUUGUCAUGGAGGUUCUUCUCAUGAGCUAUGGCUAAAACCUGAUGUCCAGAAAACUGCUAGAUUAUCUGAGUUUGGUGAAAUGGUUAGAGCAGCUUUUGGUUUCCCAGUCGACAGACAAGUCGAAAGACCGCCCUCAAUCCACAACGUUCUCUUUGUGCGUCGUGAGGAUUAUUUAGCGCAUCCUCGACACGGUGGUCGAGUUGAAUCCAGACUUACUAAUGAACAAGAAAUCUUUGAUUCUUUACAGAACUGGGCAUCAAAUCACAGGGAGUGUAAAGUAAACUUAGUGAACGGGUUGUUUGCGCAUAUGUCGAUGAAAGAACAACUCCGAGCCAUCCAAGAUGCGUCGGUCAUUAUCGGAGCGCACGGUGCAGGCCUUACUCACAUAAUAUCUGCCUUACCAAAAACUGUCAUCUUGGAAAUCAUCAGUAGUUUGUUUAGAAGGCCUCAUUUUGCAUUGAUUGCUCAAUGGAAAGGCUUGGAAUACCAUGCCAUUAAUCUCUCGGGGUCACACGCCGACCCGAAUGUCGUUAUCGAGCACCUUUUGCGCAUCAUGACGAGCCUCGGUUGCUAACUUUUUUGCAGUUUCUCACAUUAAUCUCUCUUAACUAUGAGAGGGAACACCAGCCCUCUGUAUCUACUUACACACUUGGCUGGAUGCUCCCAUUUUGACAAGCUUUGAGUUUGAAGAUACUAACUUGCCAUGGACAUGGCUUGAAGUAAGAGCUUACCGACCGAGCUCGACGACGGUGGAAACUCGGGAUAUCUAAGCUACCUGGUAUGUACUCUAGUUCUUGAAUUCCCUUUUUUAAAGUUCAUUACACAGAAGAUAUCAAUUAGAAGCAUUCUUUGAAAAGUGAAAGACAUCCCUGAAUUCAUUGCUUGUUUCUUGCUGCUCUGUAUCUUUCAUGUUCAAAAUCAUGUUUCAACUCGUGCUUACCUUGAAGUAUACGGUAACGUCCUGAUUUCUAGAACAUGACUAGACCGUCACUACAUGCAUGCUAUUAAAGAUUUUCGAAACUUAGUCAUGUAGAAUCUUCAUAGUUAACACCGUCAACUACAUAAAUGGUCUUUGCUCUUACUUGCAAAAGAAACGUUCGAAAAAAGUUUGUGAGGAUCGGAGAAUAUGCAUAACUAAUAAUGACUUUGACUAAUAUGACUGCAGUGAGACUUAAAACGUUUUUGGAUUCCACGGGAUGUGCAUCAUUUUUAUACACAUAGUUUAAUAUACAUUGCUUCAACAAAUAUCACCCACGAUGUAGUUGACGGCGACUAGUCACCCAUGACUUCGUGCAACAUAUUUUGGUGAGACAAUGACAAUUGUAGUAUGCAUUGUCUCGAUUGGACCAUGGUGUCUAGCUCGAUCUACAUUGAAGGUAGUCUUCAAACGGCUAUCCUUAAACUUAUACAGGAACAGAAGAGAUCAGUGUUUGUUUGGUUCUUUCUCCUGGAAGGAAAAUCCACUAAACUUUCCUUCCUCAAGCGGGCAACAACAUUGAGUGGAAGGCGAUCAGGAUCUCACGUGCGAUCAGAAUCCAAGAGGUUACCUAAAAAAAAUGGAAACUCACCACGGUUUCAGUUGACGAGAAGGAAGCGACUUUCACUGGGAGUACACGACGAUCAAACAAUUGUGAAGGCUAGCAAUAAGGCGGGAUCGAGGAUCA